GGCUUGGUGGAGCACAGAGCUCGCGGUGAUCAGCACGAGAGGAACACAGUUCAAAGCUUCUGAAGGAGGGUGUGACAGCAUCUUUAAAGACUCGCCAGGACUGUGUUUUUCCUAGUCUGUUAAUUCACCUGCAGUGCACUCUUAAGAUGGCAGCCGCUGAAGAGUUCUUGGUCAAGGAGCUGGACAAACGCGCCUCGGGCCAAGCCUUCGAGGUGAUCCUCGCUGCUUCUGAUCCCAAGGGAGAAUUCCCCCUGUCUCCGCCCAAGAAGAAGGAGAUGUCGCUGGAGGAAAUCCAGAGGAAGCUGGACGCUGCAGAGGAGAGACGCAAGAACCAUGAAGCCGAGGUUCUGAAGCACUUAGCUGAGAAGCGAGAGCAUGAAAAGGAGGUGCUACAGAAAGCUAUGGAGGAGAACAACAACUUCAGUAAGAUAGCAGAGGAGAAGCUGAAUCAGAAGAUGGAGGCCAACAAAGAGAACCGCACAGCACUUUUGGCAGCGAUGAAUGAUAAAUUCAAGGAGAAGGACAAGAAGUUGGAAGAAGUGCGAAAGAACAAGGAAACCAAAGAAGGCACUGAGGACUGAGUUUCACACAGGAGCGUGUAUAGGGUUUUUUACGUAUCCAAAGAUUGAUUUAUUUUUCGUUCGGCCAGUAUUUUUGUUGUGUUCACCUCCCAACUUUUUUGAAAUAAAUUCAAGUACUUUGUGAAAUUUUCAAUUCUCCUGCUAUGAGUGUAUUUGCGCUAGUUUCACAUGUGGAUCAUUUCCCCCCCGCCCUCAUGUCUAUUCCAUUUGAUAUGUAGCUUGUCGGUGCAGCUUCUACCCUUUUUGAAAAUUAGCAGUGUACUUAUCCUUUUGUAAGGAAAGCAUGUUUCUAUGCAUAGGUCUUUUAUCCCUGCCUAUUUCAUAGUGAGUUUUGCAAACUGUUUCUGUGAACUACACCUGUUCUCGGCACUUACUGUAUAUUAAAAAUAAAAAAAGUAGCAAAAGGUUAA